UGGAAUUGGAUGAAACUAGUGAUACUGGUGAAAAUGGUGAUACUAGUGAAACUGGUAAUACUUGUGAUAUCAGUAAAACUGGUGAUACUGGUGAAACUGGUGAUACUGUUGAUACUAUUGAUAUUGUGCACCUAUCCGGGAUAUAUAGUCGG